AUGCCGUUGCAGUGGGUGCAGACGUUGACAUACUCCUUAAGGUCCCGCAGAGCCUGCCGUGCAAUGCUGUUGCGCACAUCCGUUGCCCCUUUCCCGCCUACUGUUGUUGCUGCUGCCCCCGCCGAUGUCUUGGUCGUCUCCCCGCCGUUUGUCACGGCGCACCGCUGGCGUAUGCGCUCAACGUGCUCCUCCAGCAGCGCGACGUCAUUGACAAUCUCCUCGUUCGCCGUGUGCAGGCGCUUGUGGCGCAUGUCGCACCCCCGCGCGUUGGACACGACGUCGAGUAGGUGCAGUGCCUCCCCAAUGAGCCCACUAUCGAUGAGCCGCAGCGCGUGCCGGUACCGCUCCACGUCGAAGAGCGGCGCACGCAGCCUGUGGCAGAAGAAGCACUUGGCCUGCAGCAGCUGCUCCACCUCGGCGACAAGGUGUGGGUUCAUGACGAACAUCCGCUCCGCACUCUGCAGCGGGUCGCUGGGGCGCAAGCGCGGCAUGCUGACAAAGCCGAAGUGCCCCUGGCAGCGCUCGUUGCCGUAG